AUGGUUACCGUAAAAAACCGUAAACAGUCUCUUAAACAUGGCAACCGUAAACAGUCUCUCAAACAUGGCAACCAUAAACAGUCUCUGAAACAUGGCAACCGUAGACAGUCUCUUAAACAUGGCAACCGUAAACAGUCUCUCAAACAUGGCAACCAUAAACAGUCUCUGAAACAUGGCAACCGUAGACAGUCUCUCAAACAUGGCAACCGAAAAGAGUCUCUCAAACAUGGCAACCAUAAACAGUCUCUGAAGCAUGGCAACCGUAAACAGUCUCUUAAACAUGGCAACCGCAAACAGUCUCUUAAACAUGACAACCAUAAACAGUCUCUUAAACAUGGCAACCGUAAACAGUCUCUUAAACAUGCAACCGUAAACAGUCUCUUAAAAAUGGCAACCGUAAACAGUCUCUUAAACAUGUAA